AUGGCGAGUGGAUUGGUUUAUUCCUGUCCGCCGCGCGGUGUAGCUUCGCCGAGCAAGAGGUCUGGCCUGCUGGUCACUACAUCCGAGGAGCUUCAACAGCCGUCCACCUCGCUGCCCGCUAGGCGAGGCAACCAGCCCAGCGCGGCCGCUUUGUCCGCCGCGCCGUGUAGCAUCACCGAGCAAGAGGUCUGGCCUGCUGGUCACUACAUCCGAGGAGCUUCAACAGCCGUCCACCUCGCUGCCCGGCUAGGCGAGGCAACCAGCCCAGCGCGGCCGCUUUGUCCGCCGCGCCGUGUAGCAUCACCGAGCAAGAGGUCUGGCCUGCUGGUCACUACAUCCGAGGAGCUUCAACAGCCGUCCACCUCGCUGCCCGCUAGGCGAGGCAACCAGCCCAGCGCGGCCGCUUUGUCCGCCGCGCCGUGUAGCAUCACCGAGCAAGAGGUCUGGCCUGCCGGUCACUGCAUCCGAGGAGCUUCAACAGCCGUCCACCUCGCUGCCCGGCUAGGCGAGGCAACCAGCCCAGCGCGGCCGCUCUGUCCGCCGCGCCGUGUAGCAUCACCGAGCAAGAGGUCUGGCCUGCCGGUCACUGCAUCCGAGGAGCUUCAACAGCCGUCCACCUCGCUGCCCGCUAGGCGAGACAACCAGCCCAGCGCGGCCGCUUUGUCCGCCGCGCCGUGUAGCAUCACCGAGCAAGAGGUCUGGCCUGCUGGUCACUACAUCCGAGGAGCUUCAACAGCCGUCCACCUCGCUGCCCGGCUAGGCGAGGCAACCAGCCCAGCGCGGCCGCUCUGUCCGCCGCGCCGUGUAGCAUCACCGAGCAAGAGGUCUGGCCUGCCGGUCACUGCAUCCGAGGAGCUUCAACAGCCGUCCACCUCGCUGCCCGCUAGCAUCACCGAGCAAGAGGUCUGGCCUGCUGGUCACUGCAUCCGAGGAGCUUCAACAGCCGUCCACCUCGCUGCCCGGCUAGGCGAGGCAACCAGCCCAGCGCGGCCGCUUUGUCCGCCGCGCCGUGUAGCAUCACCGAGCAAGAGGUCUGGCCUGCCGGUCACUGCAUCCGAGGAGCUUCAACAGCCGUCCACCUCGCUGCCCGGCUAG